AAAGCAAAUCCAGCAAGAUAAAAGACAAUCUAGUUUUACCAAAACUGCUCGAGUUGCGUUAAACUUAAACCCAGAAAGAGAAAAUAAAACCCCUCUCAGUCUGAUCUCACCAAAGGAAACAAAACCCAGACUCUCCUCACCUAAAUCCACACCAGAUAUACUGUCGUUUUUUCCGCCAUACACGCGCUCCUUUUAUAGACUGUUCCACGCGCUCCAUUGUUGUAACGUCAAAACGGUGAAAACUACCUCGAGUUUCAGUCAAGCCUCUGCUGAUACUGCCACGUCAGGUAUGGCCCAGUAAAAUGGUGGGUCCAGGUCCACCUGGCAAGAUCUGGGAGGUGAUGGGUUGGUCUCCAGGAAAUGGAUUUGGAGGGAAAACUGGAGAAAGUAAUAACGAAGAGAGAGAAAGUAAAUACAAAAAAAGAAUGGGAAAAAAGAAAUAUUAGUAACAGAGGCCAAUGGCUUAUUUGCUUUGCUGUUUAUAUUGGUUUUUUGCAAUAUAAACAUAAAAAUUUUUGGUUUUCUCUCCCUUUCCCUCUUCCUCCCUUUCGCUUUCUUCGCCGGAAAGUUGUAUCAUCAAUCGGUCAUGUACGCCGUUUAAUUGCUGCAAACGGAACCUGGCGAGGUACCAUUCUUUGCUUGAUUUACCGUUUCGGUUUUUGUGGGGGGCAUUUUUGGCAGGUAUAGGGUCAGAUCUGGUUGUUUUUUCUCUCAUAUUUUCGUUUCAGAGAGAUUUAGGGUUUUAAAUUCUGUUCCUGCGCUAUCCAUAGCUCAAUUUGGGAUGAUUUUCCAGGGAAUUUUGAAACUAUAGGGGUUUUGGGUGCUUUUGGUUGCGUGUAUGGAAGAGGGAAGAAGAUCUGGCGACCCAUCGGGGUUUAUGGUGAAGAAUAGGAGCUCAUCGGGUUGUUUGGUUGUGAGAAAAAAGGGUAAUGGUGCUGUGGGAGGGGUGGGUUCUUCCGGUUCUCAUAAUGUUUUUGGAUCAAAGAAGGAGAAGAAAAGGGCUAGGAUGGAUUUGAGCGAUUCCGGGUCAAGUGAUGAGCUGUUAAUGCCGCCUCGAAGAAGGGUAGGCCCUGAAACUAUACGGGUUUGCAAUGGUCUGAACCUUUUUGAUAAGGGUAUUAUAGAGGAGAAUGAUAUCGGCAGGAAGAGGAGUAGGGGAGAGAACUUUAGGAGUAACGAGAUUGAUAGGAUUGAUAGAAAUGAGGAGGAUUUCAGUGAAAGGAAGAGGAAUAGGUUAGAGGUGUUUGAGUUUGACGAAUAUGAUGGGAAUGAUAGUGAAAUGAUGAGGAGGAAUCAUUUUGAUGACGGUAGAACGGAGCGGAGGAGGUUUUUUGGGUCAAUGAUGGCAAGACGAAGUAGCAUUGAAAGGGAAUAUGAGAUGGGGUCAACUAGACAUCCUGUUGUUGACAGACGAAAGAGUUCAUAUUUUGAGAGGGAAAGUGGUCUAAAUCGGGGGGAUCAUGGUGACAGAGAUGGGAGUCAUCUACCUAUGUCAUUUUAUAGGGACAAAUAUGAUUCAGAUGAACCCAUUAGGGUUCAGGGAAAAAAUGGUGUCUUAAAGGUAAUGGUGAACAAGAAGAAGAAGGUAGAUGGGUCUUUGAAAAGUUAUGAUGGCUUGGAAAUGGAGGAAAAGAGAAAGGGUUUGAGGACAGAAGAUUCUGACAAGAGGAAUGCUCUAAUCCGUCCUUCAUUUUUCUCAGAUUCUAGAAGUGCUGAGAAAGCGAGUUCCUUUGUUGGGUCAAUGAAAAAUCCAAUGAAUAUGCUGCGAUCAUCGGCUGCUAAGAAGUCAUCCACUAGGAAUGGUAAGGUAAGAUACCAUGAUUCAGAAGAUAGUGAUACAUCAUUAAAAUUGGGAUCAAAGAAUGUGGAGGCUCGAAAUUCUUUGAAGACUCCAUUACCAACUAUAAACCGCAAGGGCCAUGAGGUGGAUUCAGAGGACAGUGAUACAUCGUUGAAGCUGGGGAUGAAGAGUGCGGAGGCUUGCAAAAGUAUGAAAGGGGCAAGCAGUGGUGGUGAAAUAACCCCAAGCAAUCAGCUUCCUCCGGCUAAAGUUAAAGAAGGGAAAGUUAAGCGUGGUACAGGCACAGAAAAGCAGAAGCUGCGUGAAAAGAUAAGGGGAAUGCUUCUGAAUGCAGGCUGGACAAUAGAUUAUAGACCUAGAAGGAAUAGAGAUUACUUAGAUGCAGUUUACAUAAACCCUACUGGAACAGCUUAUUGGUCCAUCAUCAAGGCAUAUGAUGCACUUCUAAAGCAAUUAAAUGAUGAAGAAGAGGAGGCAAAAUCUAAGGCUGAUGUUUCCUCAUUUAUGCCACUGUCAGAUGAGGUGCUCAGCCAGCUAACAAGGAAGACUCGAAAGAAGAUGGAGAAAGAAAUGAAAAAGAAGCAAAGAGAUGACAGUGAAAGUGAGAAAGCGAGAGAACUUACUGCAAGAAAGUCUUCGAGUUCCAGAAAUGAUGAGGAAAGCAUGGACAGUGGGAGCCAUGAAGAGAAACUAAGCUCCUUCAUAAGACAUGGUGGCAAGUCAUCGAAGGGUAAAAUGAAUGGCAAUAGUUCUCUCAAUACAAAUACAAAAGGUCAAAGGUCUGCUCAUCACCUACACGGCAGCGUGGAGAAAAUAUCAUCUGGAUCCAAUUCUCAUCAGGGAAGGAAAAGUAGAAAACUUGGCAGAUGUACUUUGUUGGUUCGGAAUUCUAACGAGGGGCUAAACUCUGAGAGUGAUGGCUUUGUUCCAUAUGCUGGCAAACGAACACUGCUUUCUUGGCUGAUAGAUAUUGGAACUGUGCAGUUGAGCCAGAAGGUGCGAUACAUGAAUCGUCGACGAACAAAAGUAAUGCUGGAGGGCUGGGUUACCAGGGAUGGUAUUCAUUGUGGUUGCUGUAGUAAAAUCUUGACGGUUUCAAAGUUUGAGAUCCAUGCAGGGAGCAAAUUGCGUCAGCCUUUUCAAAAUAUAUAUCUUGAUUCUGGGCUUUCCCUGCUUGAGUGCCAGAUUGAUGCAUGGAAUAGACAGGAGUCAAUCGAGCACAUUGGUUUUCACUCCGUGGAUGUUGAUGGUGAUGAUCCAAAUGAUGACACAUGUGGCCUUUGUGGAGAUGGUGGAGAUUUGAUUUGUUGUGAUACUUGUCCAUCGACAUUUCAUCAGAGCUGCCUAGAUAUAAAGAUGCUCCCCCCUGGUGAUUGGCAUUGCCCGAAUUGUACAUGCAAAUUUUGCCGGAUAGCUAGUGUGAAUAUUAUUGAGGGAGAUGAUACAGCUUUUUGUGAACUACUUACUUGCAGCUUGUGUGCAAAAAAAUAUCACAAGUCCUGCAUAGCAGAGAUGGAUGCUCUUUCUGUUGAUAUGAAUUGUUCAAAUCCUUCUUUUUGUGGGAAGACAUGCAGAGAGCUUUUUGAGCAAUUGCAGAAGUAUCUUGGGGUAAAACAUGAACUAGAAGCAGGGUUUUCAUGGUCACUCAUCCAUAGAACAGAUGUAGACUUGGACGUAUCUAUUCAGGGACUUCCUCAAAGAGUAGAGUGCAAUUCAAAGUUGGCAGUUGCUUUGUCUGUUAUGGAUGAAUGCUUUUUGCCUAUUGUUGACAGGAGGAGUGGGAUCAACUUGAUCCAUAAUGUUCUUUAUAACUGCGGAUCAAACUUUAAUCGGCUGAAUUAUAGUGGUUUUUAUGCUGUUAUUCUUGAGAGGGGUGAUGAAAUAAUUUGUGCUGCUUCCAUCAGGAUCCAUGGAACUCAGUUGGCAGAAAUGCCAUUUAUUGGAACUCGCCAUAUAUAUAGGCGUCAAGGGAUGUGCCGGCGGCUUCUUUGUGCCAUUGAAUCCGCUCUCUGCUCCCUGAAGGUUCAGAAACUGAUUAUUCCCGCAAUUUCUGAACUAACAAAUACAUGGACAGAAGUUUUUGGUUUCACCACUCUUGAUGGAUCGCUUAGACAAGAGUUGAAAUCUAUUAAUAUGUUGGUGUUCCCUGGUAUAGACAUGCUGCAGAAGCAGCUUCUGGGGCAGGAAAACAUUGAUGGAAAUAGGUCUACCACCACAGGUGCAAAAGGAAUGGGAUUCAAAGACAGUCAAUCUGCCCCACCUGAGGUGGCUGUUAAAUGUGAUAUGGAUUCUUCGGCCAUGCAAGAUGUUGAUGUGAAUGAUAAUGGUUGUAAGAAACAUGAUGAUGAAGUGGCCACAACUAACACUGAUUCCCAAUGUAUGGAUGUUUCUAUAAAUGAUAUUGCUGUGACGAGUAGUUCUUUAGAUGUGUCUCAUGAUCUGAAAAGUUCAGUACCACUUAAGGAGGCAGUACAUACAGAUUCUGAUUCAGGGGAUAAGUCAGAUGAAUCUGCCAUGGAGAAGAAAAGUAUUUGCAUAUCUGACACAAUUCAUGAUCUGCACAAGAUGGAUAAUAAAGCGGAAUCAGAUUCUGCUGCAGAAGAGGAUACUCAACCUUGUAGUCAGGGUGAUAUGCCUUCUACAAAUUCUCUGGGUGGUUCCUUAAAUAAUACUUCUGUAAUGAGCGGUUCUUCAGUUGCCUCUGAUGAGCUUAAAUAUCCCAUCUCACAUGAGAAGACUUCUUGUGCUGAUCCUGAAUCAGGGGACAAGUUAGCUGAGUUGACUUCUGACAGCAAAUGUCUCAUUAUCUCUGAUAUGAGUGGCAAUAGACACGUGGAACAUAAAUCAGAAGUAUUUUCUUCCGUCAAAGGUGAUAUUCAAUAUUGUCAAGAGGGUGAUCUUGGGAAUGCUCAUGUAUUAAAUCUAAACGAGUCUACUUCUGAUGAACUUAAAAAUUCAUUCUCAAUGGAAGAAACUAAAUACGUUAGUUCUCAAUCAGAGGACAAGUUUACGGAACUACUUUCCAAUGGGAAACAUCAUUUUGACUCUAGUGAUAGUAAUGGUGCAACAGAGAUGGGAACUACAACUGUGGUGGAUUCCCCUGUUGAGGAUAACUCCCAGUCUGGCACAGUGGAUGCCCAUACAGUAAAUUUUGAUGCAUGUCUUGAAGCAGUCCAAUCCAUGAAGGACACCACUUCUGAUGAUUCCAUAAGCAAGAUCAAUGAAAUUCCAAUUUGCUGUGUUUCUGCAUUGAGCAAUGCGGAUAAAAGUUCAAUGCAAAUUAGCUCUGACCUAAAUGAUGAAAUGGUUUGUGAGAGGGGAAACAAGUCAGAUGUGACUUCUGAAAGUGUGUGUGAUGAAAGAGAUUGUGAAGGAAGUGUUCCACAUGCCCCUGCGGAUAAUAGCAUGACUGAUGAGAGUGAAGGGAAAACCAAAUCGAGCUCCAUCUGAUAUUUCCACAGCAUUGCUGGAGCGUUCUCCAUGCUACUUGUAUGCUCUCUCAAUUUGGAAUGAAUAGACCUUACAAGAGUGUUAGGGCGGUGGGCUGCUGUCUAAUGCUUUGACUUUGAGUUAUGAAGAAAUUGUAGGAUUUCUGAUGAAAAGUAAUUAGUCCCGGUGAAUAUGAUUUUAAAGGUUCAAGUUUAACUUUGUGGCAAGAGCUUCAAAUCUGGUUCUUGGUAGAAGCAAUUGGUGCUGUAUGAACUUGAGGCUAGAGAAAUUGCUGUUGUAAAACCCAAUUUGCUAGAGGUUGUUGGGCAGAUCUUUUGAAAGUUUGCAGGUUCUCAUGCCUUUCGACAUGUAUAUAUCUGAAUCUACCAAGUUCGACAUUCGGAGUUUCUCUGCAAGUCUUGUAUUAAUUCAUUUUUAUGUAGCAACUCCUUCUAUAUCUAUGUUAACUUCACAUGGCAUAGGCAGUUGCAGACAGAUUUUGAAUAGCAUUUUUCUUGUAAUUAUAACCUUGGUCCAUACGCAGGCAUUUGUUCAUAAUUUAUGUCAGCUUCGGGUUGCUUAUCUAAAUUGAGUUUGGCUGCACACUUCUCACUGAAGCUAUAACAUUUUAUUCAUUUGAAUUUGAUGCUA